UUUUACUCGUUAAUGACGAAUGACACAACAUAGUUAAAUGUUGUCUCCCUUUCUCGGCAUCUCUCCUGCGUUGUUUCUCAAAGACGUAGCACUAUAAAUAAUAGUUUCUCACCCUCUUAAGACACAACACUCAAAACUCAACCAUAACAGAAAAAGAGAAAAGAAAAAAAGAUGAUAGAGACGGUUAAACACCUGAUCAGCUCCAGUGGCCCCAGCGGAUUCGGAUCAAGAUCAACCGCCGAUCAUGUCACAGCUAAUUCUGAUAUCGGAUCUGUGACUGCCAUCAUCACUGGGGCGACGUCGGGGAUAGGAGCGGAGACGGCGCGUGUUCUGGCAAAGUGUGGCGCUAGGCUAGUGCUUCCUUCUCGGAGUAUCAAAACCGCCGAGGAAACGAAGGCUCGCAUACUCUCGGAGUUUCCGGAGUCGGAGAUCAUCGUGAUGCAUCUCGAUCUCAGCUCCCUCGCCUCUGUUCGUCGGUUCGUAGCCGACUUUGAAUCUCUCCAACUCCCACUCAACAUCCUCAUCAACAAUGCCGGGAAAUACGCGCAUAAGCACGCCAUCUCUGAGGACGGUGUGGAGAUGACCUUCGCCACUAAUUAUCUCGGCCAUUUUCUGCUGACGAAACUGUUGUUGAAGAAGAUGAUUGAAACGGCGUCACUCACCGGCGUUCAAGGCCGUAUCGUCAACGUCACGUCCGUCAUCCAUAGCUGGUUUUCCGGUGAUAUGUUGCAUUAUCUCGCCGAUAUUUCCCGGAGCUACAGGAAUUACGACGCGACUCGAGCUUACGCUCUCUCCAAGCUAGCCAACGUUCUCCACACGCUUGAGCUAUCCCGUCUUCUCCAUAAAAUGGAUGCUAAUGUGACAGCCAAUUGUGUCCAUCCUGGUAUCGUGAGAACCCGUCUCACAAGAGACCGAGAUGGCUUCGUCUCUGAUUUAGUGUUUUUCUUGACCUCCAAGCUUUUGAAGUCUGUUCCUCAGGCAGCAGCUACGACAUGUUACGUGGCAACAAGUCCGAGAUUGAAGAACGUGUGUGGCAAGUACUUCUCAGACUGCAACGAGGCUCGGACAUCUAAAUCCGGAUCAUGCAAUCUUAAAGCUCAAAGACUCUGGACUGCUUCUGAGUUGUUGAUUUCUCAAGCUUCCACUCCCAACGUUUCUCAAACCUUUUAACCAAUUACAACCAUCGUUUUCCUAUUUAUGUAUACUAAAUCUCCAAGUCCUAUAUAUAUAUAUAGUAAUACCUUAUAAUAUACUAGGUGAGUGUGUGUGUGUGUGUGUAGUAGCCAGUAGGUGUGUAUAUAUAUGUAUGUGGUUGUGAUAUGUCCCGACAUGUAAAAAAAAAUAUUAGUUGUAGGGUUUUGUAAUCCUAGCUAGCUUAGCUAGGUUCUUGUUAUGUAAUCUAUACAUCAGUCAAAACACCAUGAGAGGAUGUUUCAUGAUC